AUGACUCCUAAAGAGGUGACCGACGUAAUACCAUUCCAGCUGGUGUAUAGAGGUGAAGCAGUGGUCCCUGUGGAAGUCAGAGUGGAGUCCGACCGGGUACAACUCUACAAUGGUGGGGCCGUUGAGUGGAGGCUAAUAGAGCUCGACUUGGUGGAUAAGGCGUGGGAUAAGGCUGCUGUUCAGCUCACGACAUACUUGCAGCAGAUGAGGCAGAACUAUAACAAAAGGGGGAUCCUGAGAUCCUUCCAGUUCGACGAUCUGGUGUGGAAGAGAACAAAGCCAGUCGGAGACGUCACCAAGCUCGAGGCUCCCUGGGGAGGUCCCUUCAAGAUAAUACAAAAUGCUCCGCUCGGGAUCAUACUACCUGCAGGACAAAAAUGGAAGACAGCUUGA